AUGCGGGCAGGUCCUGUCUCUGAGACCGCAGACCAGAUGACGCCCUCGGCUGAGAAGCUCCCCAGAUGGAGAGGCGGAGAGAGCGCCCCUCAGGAGCUGAGCCCUGUGCGGAGGCUGCGGCGAGCUGGCACUCAGAGCAUCCAGGCCGGGGCUCUGAGGCCAGUGGACACGAGGGACCUGUUGCCUCCGGGAAGCCGCAGAGCUGUCCCGGGGGAGCGUGUGGGGUACGGUGGGGACCUGGGGAGGAGGGCGAGGCCAGUGGAGGGAGGGUGGCUGGUGGGCGUCCUUCAGGAGAGGGAGCCGGAGACAGGGGACGGGAGGAGUGUCAAGGGGGCGCAGGGCUCCGUGGGCAGCGGCCCAGCUGUGGGCACUCCCCGGGGGACAGGUGGCGGGCGGGGCCGGCCUGGAGCAGCAGACCACGUGGCUGCAUCUAGUUUGGGCUCCCCAGCAGGUGCACUCGGAGGCCAGACGAAGGCCAUGGCCAAGGUCAGGUUCGGGCAGGAGUGUGGGCAGAGUCCUGGUUGGGAAGAUGAGUGCAGCUCAUCCAGGGAGGCUGUCACCAAGAGCAAGAGGUCAAGGUUUGAAGAUGCAGCACCACCACCACCGCCACCAGCACCAUCACCACCAUCACCACCACCACCAUUGCCACCACCACCACUACCAUCACCACCACCACCAUCACCAUCACCACCAUCACCACCACCAUCAUCACCACCACCAUUACCAUCACCACCACCAGCAGCAGCACCACCACCACCAUUACCAUUACCAUCACCACCAUCACCACCACCACCACCAGCACCAUCACCACCACCACCAUCACCAGCACCACCACCACCAUUACCAACACCACCACCACCACCAUCACCACCACCAUUACCAUCACCACCACCACCAGCACCAUCACCACCACCACCACCAUCACUACCAUCACCAGCACCACCACCAUUACCAUCACCACCACCAGCACCAUCACCACCAGCACCAUCACCACCACCAUCACCACCACCACCAUCACCACCAUCACCAUCACCACCACCAGCACCAUCACCACCAGCACCAUCACCAUCACCACCACCACCACCACCACCAUUAUCAUCACCACUGCCACCACCACCACCACCGCCACCACCACCACCACCACCACCACCGUCACCACCACCACCACCAUCACCACCACCAGCACCACCACUACCACCACCACCACCACCAUCAGCACCACCACCAUUACCAUCACCACCACCACCACCACCAGCAGCAGCACCACCACCACCAUCACCACCAUCACCACCACCACCACCAUUACCAUCACCACCAGCACCACCACCAGCACCACCACCAUCACCACCAUCACCACCACCACCACCAUUACCAUCACCACCAUCACCACCACCACCACCAUUACCAUCACCACCACCACCAUUACCAUCACCACCACCAUCACCACCACCACCAUCACCACCAUCACCAUCACCACCACCAGCACCAUCACCACCAGCACCAUCACCAUCACCACCACCACCACCAUUAUCAUCACCACUGCCACCACCACCACCAUCACCACCACCACCAGCACCACCACCACCAGCAGCACCAUCACCACCACCACCACCACCACCAUCACCACCACCAGCACCAUCACCACCACCAGCACCAGCACCACCACCAGCACCAGCACCACCACUACCACCAUCACCACCAUUACCAUCACCACCACCACCACCACCACCAUCACCACCAUCACCAUCCUAUUGUUGUUUUUACUAUUGUUGUCUUUAA